GCCGUGCCGGUGGAUGUCAAAGGCUGAGGCGGCGGCGGCGCCUCAGUAUAACUCGUGGGGGCUGCGCGGCGGCCAUGGCCACAGCCGCCUCCAACCCCUACGGCCUGCUCGGCUCCGGCUCGCUCGCCCAUGCGGACGGCGCGGGCAUGCAGCAGGGGAGCCCGUUCCGCAACCCGCAGAAACUGCUGCAGAGCGAGUACCUGCAGGGCGUCCCCGGCAAUGGGCACCCGCUGGGCCACCACUGGGUGACGAGCCUGAGCGACGCCGCGCCCUGGCCCUCGGCGCUGGCGGGCGGCCCUCUGGAGCAGCCCGACGUGAAGCCGGGCCGCGAGGACCUGCAGCUGGGCGCGCUGCUGCACCACCGCUCGCCCCACGUCUCGCACCACUCGCCCCACGCCAACCACCCCGGCGCCUGGGGGGCCAGCCCGGCGCACGGCGGCUCGCUGGGCCCCGCCGGGCAGCCCCCCCCGCUCGGCGUGUACCCGCAGGCCGGCUUCGCGGUGGGCGGCGUGCUGGAGCACGGGGGGCUGACGCCGCCGCCCGCCGCCGCCGCGCAGCAGCCGCCGCCGCCGCAGGGGCUGCACCCCGGGGAGCACGGCGAGCUGGGCGGCCACCACUGCCAGGACCACUCGGACGAGGAGACGCCGACCUCGGACGAGCUGGAGCAGUUCGCCAAGCAGUUCAAGCAGCGCCGCAUCAAGCUGGGCUUCACCCAGGCCGACGUGGGCUUGGCGCUGGGGACGCUCUACGGCAACGUCUUCUCGCAGACCACCAUCUGCCGCUUCGAGGCCCUGCAGCUCAGCUUCAAGAACAUGUGCAAGCUGAAGCCGCUGCUGAACAAGUGGCUGGAGGAGGCCGACUCCUCCACCGGCAGCCCCACCAGCAUCGACAAGAUCGCGGCGCAGGGCAGGAAGAGGAAGAAGCGCACCUCCAUCGAGGUGAGUGUCAAAGGCGUGCUGGAGACGCACUUCCUCAAGUGCCCCAAGCCGGCCGCGCAGGAGAUCUCCUCGCUGGCGGACAGCCUGCAGCUGGAGAAGGAGGUGGUGCGGGUCUGGUUCUGCAACCGGCGGCAGAAGGAGAAGCGCAUGACGCCGCCGGGCGAGCAGCAGCAGCACGAGGUGUACGCGCACGGCGUCAAAACGGACUCGGCCUGCCACGACCUCUGACCGGGGCUGCCGCCGGCUCGGACCUGCCCGCGGCCGCCCGACCCCCCCCCGCCGCCGCCGCCGCCGCCGCCCGACCCCGCGGAGGGGCGGCCCGGGCUGAGCGCCGCCCGCGGACGGCCGGGGGUGCCCGCCGCCCGCCCCUGGAUGGGCGCUGCUCGCGGACACGGGCGGGCUUCGGUCCGCGUUAGGACGGAGGAAAACGAAACGAAACGAAACGAAACAAAAAAACAAAAACAAAAAAAAAAGCGAAAAAAAAAAGAAAAACGCGAAAAAAAAAAAAACCCAACAGAAAGGAAAAAGACAGACGUGUGCCUAUGAAUAACCUUCCAGCGCCUUGGUUAUAUCAGCUGUAUUUCAGCAUAGGGAAGUGCCGAGCCGUGCCGCCCCCCUGGACGUUGUGCACAAGGACGGGGCCCCGAGCGGUGCGGGCCGGGCUGGGGCCGUGCCCCGCUCCCCCUCCCCCGGCCUUCAGAUUUUUUCCUUUCGACAUUUCUAUUUUUCAAGUAUUUUUCAGUAAGCGCUAUAAAAAAAAAAAUUAAAAAAAAAAGAAAAAAAAAAGAAAAAAAAUUAAAAAAAAAAAUUAAAAAAAAAAAAUCUCGACACUGAGGACCUGCCUAUUUCUGCCAACUUUAUAACUGUACAGUUUUGUAUAUUAAACGUUUUUUGGAAGUUAUUAAUUUAAAGAAAGAUCAUUUAGUUUAUUCAUUUAGUAACUGAUGUAUAAUAAACGCUAUUUUCAUUAAAGGUUGCUUUUUUCAACUAUUUUAUCCAAAAUUGCCUAUUGCAGUUGCCAACGAUUAUUUAUUUUCAAUAAAUUCCGCGUUAUGUUUAAAGAAAAAAAAAAGUUUCAGAAAGAAAAACAAAAAAAUAAUAACAAAAAAAAAAAUAA